ACUGACUGACUGACUGAUUGAUUGAUUAUCAGUUGUUGCAUCAAAAAAAUUUGGUCUUCAUUCCUCGGGCAUCUGAACUGAAUAUUUUAACAACAAAAUUCUAAGCACAUAAAUGGUCCCAAUGAGUUGUAUUCAUGGCAGUGUGCAGGCUUUAAAAUGCCAUUCAGCCCCUUCCAAUGUUAUGUGGAAAAUAACAUUUAUGAGAAAACAGUUAACUGCAAUGAUUUUUUUUUAAAAAGAGAAAAAUGUCACUGAGCUAGAGAUAAAGAAGAAAAGAAGAAAUACAAGAUACAAGCAAACUCCUGUUUACAAGUGUUGCUAAUAUGAAACCUGUGGUGUUUUGCACCUUGCAAUUCACAAGAUCAAUCAGCUGUCGCCACAGUCCCCGCCCCUCAGUGCGCAUGCGCAGAGCGGCGCAGGGAGCUGUCCCUGUCAGUCGGUGCUGAGUGUUUUCACAGCAGCAGCAGCUUCUCCUCCGGUCCACCGACACACCGGAGCGAUGGAGGAAGAGUUGAAAUGCCCCGUUUGCGGUUCCCUCUUCAAGGACCCCAUCCUGCUGCCCUGUUCCCACAAUGUCUGUCUGGCGUGCGCACGGAACAUCACGGUGCAGACCCCGGACGGAGAAACCCCGGUGCAGAGCCGAGCCUCGGGCAGCUCCGACUACGACUACCUGGACAUGGACAAGAUGAGUCUGUACAGCGAGACGGACAGCGGCUACGGCUCCUACACACCGUGUCAGCUCAAGUCUCCCAACGGGGUGCGGGUGUUCCCACCGGCCCUCCCUCAUCGACACUGCUCCCUCACCUGUCCGCUGUGUCACCGGAGCGUCUCUCUGGAUGAGAGAGGACUCCGGGGCUUCCCUCGGAACCGGCUGCUGGAGGCCAUCGUGUCGCGGUACCAGCAGAACCGCGCCUCCUCCUCCUCCACUUCGUCCUCCUCGUCUUCUUCUUCAUCUUCUUCUUCAUCUUCUUCUAAGGCGAUAAAGUGCCAGCUGUGCGACCGGAACCCGGUGGACGCGUCGGUGAUGUGCGAGCAAUGCGACGUGUAUUACUGCAACGCCUGCCAGCAGCGGUGCCACCCGUCCCGCGGUCCGCUCGCCAAGCACCGCCUGGUUCCACCGCCGAACCAAGCAGCCGGAGGAGCGGCGAGCGGCGGCGGCGCUGGGGGAGGCAGCGGAGGUCAGCAGCCGCCUGCGACCGCGAGGAAACCGGCGACCUGCGUGGAUCACGAAGCGGAAAACUUCAGCAUGUACUGCUGCAGCUGCAAGGCUCCGGUGUGUAUGAAGUGUCUGGAGGAGGGAAAACACGCCAAACACGACGUGAAACCGCUGGCCGUGAUGUGGAAACAGCACAAAUGCCAGAUCUCACAGGCUCUGAAUGGAGUGUCAGAGAAAGCUAAAGAUGCCAAGGAGUUCCUGGUUCAACUCAAGAACAUGCUUCAGCAGAUACAGGAGAACGGUGUGGAGUUCGAGGCCUGUCUCGUGGCUCAGUGUGACUCUUUGAUUGAGGCGCUGACCAGACAGAAAGCCAAACUGCUGACCAAAGUCACCAAGGAGAAGGAGUACAAGCUAAAGGUGGUGCGUGACCAGAUCACCCACUGCACAAUGAAGCUCCGUCAGACCACCGGCAUGAUGGAAUACUGUCUGGAGGUCCUCAAAGAGAACGAUCCCAGUGGUUUCCUCCAGAUCUCAGACGCCCUGAUCAAGCGGGUGACGUCGUCUCAGGACCAGUGGGUGAAAGGAGCCCUGGAGCCGAAGGUCGGCCCUGACUUUGACCUCACCCUGAACACCGACUCGCUGCUGCAGACCAUCCUGCAGCUGGAUUUCUGCCAGGGCAAAGUGGAGUCUGGACCUUUGGUGCCAGCAGCUCCUCUCCUGCAGCUGGAAAAGUGUUGCACCAGGAAUAACAGCGCCACCCUGGCAUGGAGGGUAACCGUGCCCACCGGCAGCCCCAUUGAAGGCUACAUCCUGGAGCUGGAUGAUGGGAACGGAGGACAGUACAGGGAGGUCUAUGUCGGGAAGGAGACUGUGUGUACAGUGGAUGGACUCCAUUUCAACAGUUCCUACAAUGCCAGGGUGAAAGCCUACAAUGGCAUUGGUGUGGGGCCAUACAGCAAGACAGUCGUACUCAAGACCUCUGAUGUGGCUUGGUUCACCUUCGACCCCACCUCAGCUCACCGAGACAUCGUUCUGUCUAAUGAAAACCAGACGGUCAGCUGUAACAGCUAUGAUGACCGUGUGGUGCUGGGGACAGCUGCUUUUUCUAAGGGUAUUCACUAUUGGGAGAUCACCAUUGAUCGCUAUGACAACCACCCUGACCCUGCGUUUGGCGUGGCGAGGAUCAACACCAUGAAGGACAUGAUGCUGGGAAAAGACGACAAAGCCUGGGCCAUGUAUGUGGACAACAACCGCUCUUGGUUCAUGCACAACAACUCCCACACCAACAGGGCGGAGGGAGGCAUCAGUAAGGGCUCCAGUGUGGGCGUGCUGCUGGAUCUAAUUAAACAUACACUGACUUUCUAUAUCAACAAGGAGCAACACGGACCAACUGCCUUUGAGAACCUGGACGGUGUGUUUGUGCCAGCUGUCAGCCUCAACAGAAAUGUGCAGGUGACCUUACUGACGGGCCUGGAGGUGCCAAAGAAUAUCAAACAGUAAGCGCUCCUUCCUCCCCCCUCAGCGUGCCCUGGAUACAAAUCAACAGUGUCAGAUGCAGCCUCAGUUCAUACCCACAUGGACAUUUUCCAGCAAUGUCAGAUGGGAUUUAUCCCUCACCCAUCCUUCUCAAAGUGCCCCUUGUCUUGGACGCACUUCAACUCCAUAAUAUUUGAGCUAGAGAAUAAAUGUGAGUUCCAAUUGGCUAUAAAUGCAGAGAUGACUGGAGUUACUGUGGGUUACCAUACUUUAGUCACAUCUCAGUCUUUUACCUGGAAACACCAGGAUACCAACAACAUGUAUAUCAUUAUGAUUCCAGUUUGUACCAUUCCACUACCUUUAAAAUAUACAGCAUGGAAUUCCUCCUCAAAGCCUGAGACCAAAUUAACCAUGACACUGACAGAAGACUUCUACACUGUGCAGCAGAAUAAUUCAGUGCUGAAAAUCACGGAAACCAGAAAAUUACACAAAAUGGUGCUGUUAGAAGAUGAAAAAAAAAAUGAGAGGAAUGAUUCAGCAGUACUUCUUGCUGCUCUGCUUCUCUCUCAGGUGUGUUUACAGCCCGCAAGCUAAAAACUAGAAUGAAAACAGCCUUUUGUAGAAGUUGUGUAGUGGCACCAUGGGUUGUUUCACUCAUGAAAUAUUUAAAAACUUUCACCGCACACUUUUAUCUCAGUUGUGGCUCCAACAGCACUGAUAGCUCUGAUUUCUGUUUUUCCUUCUCGGUUAGUUUAAUAGAGAAAAGAUUCUUUAUGUGGGUAGGAGUCUGACAGCCAUCUUAGACCCGGUUUACAUGAAAACAUUUCACCCGAAAACACAAAAGUAUAUCCUUUGCCUUGCUGGGUUUACACGACAAUGGAAUGGAAAAAAAAAAAAACUCUGCGUUUGCAAUGGAGCACUGGAAGGACCUGAAAACGUUGUAGUAUGCAUAGCUGGUGAUGUAACUAGAGGUACACCCCAUGUGACCUCUAUCUGUUCCUCCACAGACCAGAAGCAGUACAGCCGUCAAUGUAGAGGAGGGCUGAUUAUUUCCCAUAUAUAUUGAACGCAUCUUCCCUUAUUACAGUAAUAGCGCAACAAAUGCACACUUUGCUGAGGAAGAAUAAUAAAUUCAGUAAACUCAGCAGCACACGGAGUAACAAUGCUAGACACAGUAGAACGGAUUUGGAUGAAAAUUCCAGGGAAGAAAAGAAAUGACACAAAGACCACCUCAUUAGAUUUUGGUAGUGAUGCGGCUUACAGCCUGGAUCCACAGAUUUGUUAAGGAUUUACGCAUCGUUGCGAGAUAGCAGCACUGUGUCACUAACUAUAACAACAAGUGAACGUUUUGUCAGCUGCCUGCUGACGAUCCCAUGAUUGCGAUCCUACUACAAAUCACCGUUGUAGACUUAUUGGGACUUAUCCAUUGGAAAUGACACAAGAAACAAUUGAUUAAAUUGUGGGGGUGUUUCCACGUCCUUCAAUUCCCGUCGCCCGCUACAUAUUUAAGUCAUGCAAUUCGGUAUCCAUAUAUAAUGUACCCAUGCAUAACACAUGCCUGUGCUCAGUGCAAGGUCAUCUUGUUUGUGGGUACAUCUAUCUUAAAUGGCCACAUUCUAUGUUGCUGUGAUUUCUGAUCAUCAGUAACUAAUAUAAAAAAAAAAAUGCUGCAUUUCUGACAAUGCACAAUAUGGGAGAAUGAACAGCUUUGGCGGAGUACUGCGCUCUCUGAGUAUUGUUCUUGUUACUGUUGUCAUCUGAGUUGUGCAUGGCAAAUAGAAUUAAAUGUAAUGCACAUGAACAAAGCAGAGUGUAAUGUCAGCGUUCUCUCUGAAAACCUUGGCUAUUCGUUCACACAGCGAUGGCGGCUGUUGCGUUUAAGAAAAAUUCCGCUCUGGAGGCUGUAUUAAAGUUUUAGUUUUAGGUUGUCUAAAACGUAGUUUCUUUGUAAAUGGGAAGCUGCAACGCAACAAAAACUUUACCUUUCAUCCGAAAACCGUUGUCGUGUAAACUGGCCCUUAGGCUGGCAAAAAUUUCCUUAUGAUUGACUCUGUAUCUCAUGCAGUGUGGUGCAAAGAUUGAUUGAUGAGGCUGCCAAAAUGGUUAACUCCUUUGAGGUCAAACCAAGAAAGACUGAGCUUUAUUCCAUUUCAAUUUUCAGUGAGUGAGAGAUCUACAGAGCCUGGGAGUCACUGUCCAGUUACGCUCAUUUUCAUGUCUUCUUGGCAGAUGUCUUAAGCGUGAGUUAUCUUCAAGUUGCAUGACAAUAGCUUUUAAAAGACCCUUAAAUCUUGAAAAAAAUCAUCCCUGUGUAUCAAAGUUACAUAUUUAAAUGUUUCUGUCGGAGCUAGGCUCGGGACCCAAGUGCAAAGUCACAAAAAAGGCCAGGCAUGGUGUACCCACAAGGAAUUCAUUAAAACAAUAACCAUGAAUGACGAACAGAGUCUGGGUGAUUGGGGAGACAGGCUUUAGGCUGGGGCCGACAGGAGAUCAUAACUGGGGCUUGGACUAAGCAGCAGAACAGACUGAGGCUGCAGCAGGCAGGAAAACAAGGACUUGACUUGCAAGCAGCAAGCGGGGCUUAUGGUGGGAGAGGUUUAGCAGAGGUGAAUCCUUGCAGUGAGUGAGUCCAGAGAAGGUUUUCAGAGCAGCAGGAAGGAGACAGAGGCAGAUCACUGCAGGCAAAGCAAACAGAAGUUAUCACAGCAGCCACAGAAGAUAAACUGAUGGCUGGAGCAAGACUGACCGUGUGACAGAGUGGGGAUCUGCUGGCUUUUAUAGCAGAAGAGAAUACUGAGUGAGAGGUGACCUGGCCUCCUGUGCAGCAGUCUUCACUCCUGCAAUUAACACAGUCGCUCACAAACCAACUAGGCUGAAGUGAAGGACCAUUUUGUUCAUGAUAGUAGUUCUCUUUCUGUCUUAAAAUCGCUCAGAUGUAACACUGCACUGAUGCUUUCCAGUAGAACAUGCAGCAGAAUGAAGUCCUGUCCUCUCUCUCCAACCAACCCUCUGCUACUGCAGUGUGAGCAUAAAAGCAAGUUGUAAUAGUAAACAAGUAAAGAAAUGAAUUGAAUAUUUCCCACAUAUAUAUUUUAGUAUAUAAAUAACACCAUAUGGACAUAUCACCGAGGUAAAAAUUGUGAUAUUUAUCAGAGAGUCUCUUUAAAAUAGAAUGAAUAUGGCAGACCAUGUUGUAGCAUUGCAGUUUAUUUCCACUACAUGUGUCUGAAGGAAUAAAAAGUGGAGAUUUCCUAGAGACCAGAAGAGAAAAGCAAACUUUCAAGCUUGGAAAAUGCUCUAAAGAAUAGUUGGCAUUUUGGAAAGCGCCCUUCUUUGCUGACUUACUGACAUCUAGAUGAAAAGAUGAAGACCAGUCUUAACAUUCCACAUCUGAUCAUUAAAUAUGAAGCUGCAGCCUGCAGCGGAAAAAGUCCUGUGCAUGUUGAAGAACUGUGCAAACAUAUGUGGUUAAAGCUGCACACAUAGAAACUGACAGGCAUCAAACCUUCCCAGGUAAUAACUUAGUAGACAGAUGCAGCAAAGUUCUGGUCCUGGUUAAGCCCCUCCAGUUUGCAUAGGGAUGACCUUUCCUUCCAAUCAUUUUCACUAAUUUGCCUUGAAAACAACUAAAUUCGACAUCUCAACAUAAACGAAUGAAGUCAGAAAAAUGGUGUAGGAUUUUUUUUUUUCAAAUAAUGUCCCUCAAUUAGCUGUGAGGUUCUUAAAUUCUGCUUGAGUGUCAUUAUAUGUUCCCUCCUCAUGAGUGAACUAUUCAACCCUAAGGUUGAAUCAUGCUGCAGCACACUUCUCCCAAAUUUAGCCCGACAUAUUUGGCAUUUUUGUAAACUUUUUUUGAAUACAGUAGAAUUUCAUAUAUUUGACAAUGUUGCACAAGGGAGUAAAGUUUAAUAGGAGGAAAUAUAGCUGCAGUGUUUAAAUACAUCCUGGGGGGCAUGUGUUAAUGCAGUUGCCAAAACUGCAAAACAAAUUGUUCCGUUGAAAGGAACCAAGCUGGUGUUUUGCCUGAAGCAAUAUUUCCUGCAGCCUCACCCAGACUCUGUAGCAGGGGUGAAAGUAGUUUUAAAUUCUUGCCGGAACUAUUAGUAAUAGUUCCGGACCGUUCCGGCGUACUUUCACCCCAUUGUUAACCAGCCCAUUGUUAACCAUUGUAAAUCCUGUUGAAAGUUUUUCAGCCAAUCACAAGAACGUGUGGAAUUUCACGUGGAAUUUAUUGCUCGUCCCAGUGCAAUAAAUCAAGCGCACCUAUUUGCUAUUGGCUGCUACUGGCCAUAACAAUCGCUGUGUUACGGAAGUAGACACACAUGCGCACUCACGUACUGCUGAGUGAACUCCGGUCGAUAUCUAUGGAUAGCAGGCAGGCCGGGCGGCGUACCGGCGUACCGGCGUACCCAUAGAUACCGGUGGAAGAGCAGCGCACCGCCAGCAGAUCUUUUCCCGGAACUGCGUUUCGCCACCAGAUCUUUUGCCGGUACGCAGUUCUGGACCGUUCGGCUUACUUUCACCCCUGCUCUGUAGACUCAAAGAAUUGUUUUCAUUUUGAGGGAUGAUUGUCAGAAAACUGCUGAAAUGAAAUGGGAAUGGAGCCAAACCUCACUGUUAUGUUGUGCGAGGCCAGUAGCUACUGUAAUCCAUCAAAAGUAGAUGACAAAACGGCGGUUGUCUCAUUGUAAUUUCAUUCUGCGCUCAUCUCUGUCUCUCUGUAGAAUCACAGAUGCUUUCAGGCAUCUUUAAUGUCUCAGACUGAAAGUGAUCUUCAAAAGUCGCAUCAGGUAAAGCUACGUUUCCCGCUGCUUUUCUCAUCAGGGAUUGAUACGGCAGCCUGUAGAGGGCAGUAGCUUCAGCCAGACCACUGUGACUUCAGAUGAUGUUUUGACAUGCAUAUAUGUAACGUAAAUGGCCUGUGUAUGCUUUAUCACAUAAUUUAGCAGAGAAUGGAGGAGCUCAUUUUUAAAUUGAUUUAAAGCUAGAUUUCAUCCCAACUGAAAUAUUCCCAUUCCCGGUGUGAGGCACACUAUUAGAAGCAUAGACUGACCUGCCGUACAAAGAUGUGGUUCAUGUGUGAAUGGAAAUCCGCUGUAAAUACUGAUAUGUGAGUUAUGAUUAUGACGUGUGAUAUUAAGCAUGGAUUAAGCGUCAAACAAGUUUACAAACUAUCUGAAGCUGUAUUGUAAAUAGUGUACUGUUUUAUUGUCUUUGCAAUGAGUGAUGUUAAAGCCAACUGCUAUGACAGCUCGCCCCCUGCUGUUCACUGGUGGCAAGAACAGGAUUGAGGCAUUUCUCAACACAAUCCUGCUGAUGCUUAUUACACUAGAACUGUUUUCAUAUCUUUGGCUUCUGACUUUUUAAACUUUCUCUUGCUAUAACUCAUCUCAUUAUACUACAUUUAAUCAGGGACGUAGAAAAGCAGUUGUUUGGAUUGAAAGGUUUUUAUAUAUGUUGACAUAUUAGUAUAGGACUUAUAUUUUACUUCCCACACUCUUAUUCUUUUACAUAUAUGAAUGAACAGAAGUACUACAGUCAAGAACUGCUGAUAUUUCUUACAGGAAGUAAUCAGGUCUAUUUUCAAUACAACACCUAUUUUAAAGUAAUUUAGUUAUGAGUAGAGCUCUAGAGUUGUAAAGAAAUAUCUUUAAAUUCAGUUUUAUUUUACUUACCAGUCCUGGUUUCUUCUUUUUAAUGGAAGAAAAAAAGCUACAGCAGAAAAUGAAUUAAGGUUUUUCAGGAGGAGACGGAAUUAUGCAUUCAUUCAUCUGUCAAAGCCAUUACCAAGAAUGUUACAUUCUUUAUAUUUGCAUAGCAGAAUGGCAAACAAGUGUGCAACAAGCCUGACGAGCUUAAAACUUACUUUUUGCACCUGAUGCUGUGUUCAGAUUACAUGGGAAAGGUUAUCUUAAGGCAGCCAUAAUCAGUAGCCUUGUAAUGACAAUAUGGCAAAUGUUAUUGUUGCCAUGUAAAAGGUGUCAAGGAGAUUCAUCUCGAGGUUCUAGUUUGUCUCAGCAUUUUAGUGUCUUUCAGAUUUGGCCCCAGAUUGAACUAUUUUCUCACAGUGUUGUUUUGGGCUCUAGCAGACCGCCAUUUUCAGGAAGAAAAGCUACCCAUUUACCACGAAGUAGCAACCAGACCAAGUCAGCAACUAGCCAGUGAACACAGGACUUCUUUUUACCGUCAAUAAGAUGAAUAUUUUGGGUUGGAGGCCAAAAACAGACCUGAAACAGCAGUAAAUAUCAUGUGAGACCUGCACUACAAAGCAAGUUCAACGUACACAAAAUAUCUUUUAUCUGGCUUCACAAAACCUGACGACCACAGCCCGGAUAAGUGGUUAUAUAUAAUAUUGUCAAAUCAACCCAGGGUUUCUGAUUCUAGCUUUGAGCACGUUUACAUACAAACUUUGUGUUUUCUCCAGAAAACCAGACAUCAACAGGUCAAGAGCUGCAUAUUUCUCAUAAGAACAAACUUUAAUCUUAAACCAAUAAAAACACAAAGCAGACUUAAAGCAACAAAGCUGCUGCAGACAAAGCAGGAAGGAAAGCUGACAAAAACUGCAGACACCCAAUAUCACUGAGAUACGAGUAGAUAUGAGUGCAUAUGUUGAUUAGAGGAGGCUUUCUUAUUCAGGAUUUAAGAUUUUUGCAUCACAAGACUGUACAAGAAAUGUACAGAUAUAAUCCCUUUAUGUUAAUCAAAAAAUGACAAAUUAAAGAAAUAAUCAAGUCGUGGAAAUCAAACUAUUUUUUGUGUGAAGUAUUGCAAAUCACUUCAUCUAUCUUCAUUUGAAUCUCAUUCAUAUGGCGUGUAAACCUGUUUCAUCCUCAUGCUUUCAGCUGCAACCGUGACGAUGUUAAAGUGCUCUGGAAGCAAAUAAAGAACAAAUGCCAAAACAUGAUUCAUACCAAGAGGUUGUCUUGCUGACAUAUUAACAAGCACAAGGUUUUAGCGCUUUUAUGCCGUUGGUUUGGCGCUAUAUCCCUAAACAAAGACACAGAAGGAUGAAAUGUCUUUGAAAACUCCUCAGAGACCCUCUCGCUAUCUGUGUGCUGAGCUCCAAGGAAUUUUGCAAGAAUGAUUCCCUUUCACAAAAAAAUUGUUUGCUCAGUAGUGUUUAUACGCAUUGAGCUGUUACCUUGAACAGCAUGUCUGCGGUAAGUUACUAUGGUGAUGUAGCCUGGUAAGAAGUAAACAAGAGUCAUAGCCCUGAAAAGCCAGAGAUAAAACCUAAAGCUGCCUCGCUAACCUUAAACCCUGCUUUGUAGUACAGGCCUCCUGCGGUGAUAGGUACAACUUAGCAUGAAUGUUCCUCCGUGUCCGCUUGUAAAUGAGCAACUGUUCGCUAAAACGUUCACCAGAUCAACUCAGGUUUGUUUCAGCCCGCCUGAGCAGCCAACAAAGCAAGAAUUGCAGAUUAACUAAAGCUAACAGUAAACCAUGACAAUAAAACCUUAAUAAAAAUGAUUUUAUUUACAUUUCAGUUGUAUAAGAUCUACCAAGUUUUGUCAGGCAAUGCUUUCCACUAGCAUUUACAUUUAACAUCUCUCCUGUAUGACACCAAUGCAACAUUUAUGUAAAAGUCAAAGUUUAAACCGCUUUCCUCAGACCCAGGAAGCAAACAUCUACCUAUCUGCCAAAGGGGAUUUUUUUUCCUGGUGUGCCAGCUUCCACCUAAGGGCUACAUUUGCAUCAACGACGGCUUUCUGGCUGCUUUGCUCUGACCGUUCUCCCACCUCGCAAAUCAGAAGAGAACCCUGCCCUGAGGUUGACUUUGCUAUAACCAGGAAUAGAUUUCAGGCCAAUGAGCAGACUCCAACAUCUAUCACGUAACCAGGGGAACCGAUAUUUUCUUCCCUUCUGAAAGUCAGAAUGAUUUGGGGUUACAUGUCUGCGGGCUGUGCUGAUGUCAAAAUGCCACUGAGGAAAUUGUGACUGGAGGGAGUAAAAGCUUUUAGUGAGGCGCUGAGAUUCACAGUGUCGCAAAGGUUUAGGAAGUCAGACGGUAUCAGGUAAAACUGGGUUACAUCUUUUCUUUUCCUCUCUAAAAAUACUUUAGAAUUAACACUUUGCGACAGAUACAAACAAAAGUCGCACUGAAAAUGAGUCACGUUGCAGUCACUCCUGUCUAGAUGUGGUUUUGUAAGAGUGCUUGUAUGGCAUGACCCUUUACCCCACACUUACCCACCCAUGAAUGUGACAUAUUUUAUUAAUUUAACGUCAAGAUAUGGUGCUGGGAAAAAAGCAUGUCACUGCUGUUGUUUGCUAUUUAAUUUUAAGGAAAAAAACAGCAGAGGAAAAAUGAAUUUAUUUACUCUAUAAACUAUGUAGAUAUAUUUAUUUCUUUUGUAUAUUGCCCUCUGCGAUUUGUUCAGUAUAAAAGUUGAAUGGCUACUGAUAAUAUAUACAGUCUGUGGUCACGGUUUGCAGGUUUAAAAAAAAAAAAAAAGGUUUGCCGUCUACAAAAACACCUCAAAACAAAACGAUAUGCUUACAGCUUGAAAUAUGUGCGAUGUGCUGCAGAUAAGCUUCAUAUUUCCUCAUGCUCUUCUUUUUGAAACAUGUAAAUAACACAAUAAGCUGCUUUAAGAAAACGGCGUGAGAAUUUGUGACCUCACCCAGCCGCACACUGCCAGACCGUUUCAUCGUCGUCUCGCAAAAUCUGUCAACGUUCAUGUUUGCCCUUUAACAGAAACGGGAACAUUUCUUUUCUGUGAAGACUUCGCAAUGUUUACAUCUAGGACGCAGCUUCUUGGUGUUGUUGAGAAGCUGUGUAAAUUAGAGUUUAUACAGAAAAAAAUGUGAAGAUCGUUCUGCUUUCUACUUUCUCAGAGUGUUCAUAUGUGUGUUUCUUCAUGAAAACUUCUGCCAAGUCUUUAGUUGUGUGUACUUUUUUUGUUUAAUUCCCCCCAUCUGUCUCGCUAUGAUCUCAUCCCUUCUUGCCAAUGUAAAAGUUUUGUACGACUACAUUGUUUGUAUAUGAGAAAUGCAUCGUACCUGCAUAAUUUUGAAAACUUCAGAGUGUAAAACACAACAAAACGCAAAUGUCUCCUUUUUUGGUCAUUUAUAAAAACAAAAAUAAAUUAACUGUGAUGGAAUAGA